GAAGGGAGGAUGGGCUAGGGCAGGCACACAGUACCGGAGAAGAUGCCCUCUUGGGCCCUCUUCAUGGCUACCUCCUGUCUCCUCCUGGCUCCUCCAAACCUGGCACAAGUCAGCAGCCAAGAUGCCUUCUUGCUGGCCUCGGACUCAGAGCCCCUGAACUGUUUCUCCCAAACAUUUGAAGACCUCACUUGCUUCUGGGAUGAGGAAAAGGUAGCACCCAAUGGGACAUACCAGCUGUUGUAUGCCUAUCCAGGAGAGAAGCCCCGAGCCUGCCCCCUGAGUUCCCAGAGUUCCCUCUUUGGAACCCGAUACGUGUGCCGGUUUCCAGCCCAGGAUGAAGUACGCCUCUUCUUUCCGCUGCACCUCUGGGUGAAGAAUGUGUUCCUGAACCAGACUGUGACCCAGCGGGUACUCUUCGUGGAUAGUGUAGGCCUGCCAGCUCCCCCCAGUAUCAUCAAGGCUGGGGGCGGGAGCCAGCCAGGGGAACUUCAGAUCCACUGGAAGGCCCCCGCUCCUGAAAUCAGUGAUUUCCUGAGACAUGAAGUCCGCUAUGGCCCCAUGGACUCAAGCAACUCCACUGGCCCCUCAGUCAUGCAGCUGCUCUCCACAGAAACCUGCUGUCCCACUCUGCGGAUGCUGAACCCAGUCCCUGUUCUGGACCAGCCUCCAUGCAUUCAGCCUACAGUACCCCAACAACAAGGACCAAUGAGGACCGCCCCAACUGGAGAAGUUCCAUCUCCGACAGUAAGAGGUGGAAGUUGUCUCAUCUCGGGGUUCCGGCCUGGCAAGUCCUACUGGCUCCAGCUGCGCAGCCAACCUGAUGGAGUCUCCCUUCGUGGAUCCUGGGGACCCUGGUCCUUCCCGGUGACUGUGGACCUGCCAGGAGAUGCAGAGGCAAUUGGACUGCAGUGCUUUACCGUAGACCUAAAGAAUGUUAUCUGUCAGUGGCAGCAACAAGCACAUGCUAGUUCCCAGGGCUUCUUCCACCACAGCAGGACACGGUGCUGCCCCAGAGAUGGGGACCCCACCUGGGAGAAGUGUGAAGAUGAGGAAACAAAUCCAGGAUCACAGCCCCCUCAGUUCUCCCGCUGCCACUUCAAGUCACAAAAUGACAGUGUUAUUCACAUCCUUGUAGAGGUGACCACAGCCCAAGGUGAUGUUCACAGCUACCUGGGCUCUCCUUUCUGGAUCCACCAGGCUGUGCUCCUCCCCACCCCAAGCCUGCACUGGAGGGAGGUGUCAAGUGGGCAGCUAGAAUUGAAGUGGCAGCACCCUUCAUCCUGGGCAGCCCAAGAGACCUGCUAUCAGCUCCGAUACACAGGAGAAGGCCAUCAGGACUGGAAGGUGCUGGAACCGCCUCUCGGGGCCGGGGGAGGGACCCUGGAGCUGCGCCCCAGAUCCCGCUACAGCCUACAGCUGCGCGCCAGGCUCAACGGCCCCACUUUCCAAGGCCCCUGGAGCGCCUGGUCUCAGCCCGCGAGGGUGGAGACCGCCACGGAGACCGCCUGGAUCUCCUUGGUGACUGCUCUGCUCCUGGUGCUGAGCCUCAGUGCUCUUCUGGGCCUGCUGCUGCUGAGGUGGCAGUUUCCUGCCCAUUACAGGAGGCUGAGGCAUGCCUUGUGGCCGUCACUUCCAGACCUACACCGGGUCAUAGGCCAGUACCUUAGAGAUACUGCAACCCUAAGUCCUCCCAAGGCCACAGUUACUGACACCUGCGAAGAAGUGGAACCCAGCCUCCUUGAAAUCCUACCUAAGUCCUCAGAGAGGACUCCCUUGCCCCUGUGUUCUUCCCAGCCUCGGACGGACUACCGAGGACUGCAGCCUUCUUGCUUGGGGCCCGUGCCCUUGUCUGUGUGCCCACCCCCUGUGGCUGAGGCAGGGUCCUGCUGUACUACCCACAUCGCCAACCACUCCUACCUACCGCUAAGCUAUUGGCAGCAGCCCUGAAGGCAGGCCCCCGACUCCCACAGAUCUAGGUUACUCUGCACACUACUUUAUCCUACCUGUAACACCAACACCUCAGACCUUACUUCCAUCCUGCUCUACCACUCCAUCUACUUCAUGGGGCUUCAUAGCACUCAUCUUUCCACACCUGACAAACCCAUCACCCUUUCUCUACAGUGACUUGAAUAGACUCCCCCGACCCCCGCUUUUUUUUAAGACAAAGCCUCACUAUGUACCCCUGGCUGGCCUGAAACUCACUAUGUAGACCAUGUUGGCCUCCAACUCACAGAGAUCUGCUUGCUUCUGCCUCUGCCUCUGCCUCCUGAGUUCUGGGAUUAAAGGUGUAUGUCACUAUAUCCAGAUUUAGUUAUUCCUUCUUAAUCUUUUAUUCUAGCAUUUAUUCCAUUUCAUAAUUAUUUCAAUCUCUCAACAAUCUUUUCUUUUUGGCAGUGCUGGGAUCAAACCCAGGACCUGCCUUGACCACUG